CAGGAGGAAGAUGAGAUAAAGCCACUCAGAUGGAGGCCAGUUCCACCAGCCUCAAGAGGCUCAAGUUUGGGAAGCUGAAGGUGGUACGUCGGCGCUUGCUACAGCGAUACGAGCAUCAGCCCUUCAUCUCCUGCCUGGCUGGUUUCUACAGCUGCCGGUGGAAGCGGUACCAGCGCAGAAGGACCGAGCCUGGGAAAUGCUGCUGCAAGACGCGGGAAUGUGUGUUUUUCCCAUUGCUUGUUGGAGCCUUCUGCUUUUCUCUGGUCUUUCUGUACAUGUGGGGUGAAGCGAAAAACGACUACAAUAACUUUGACUGGUAUAACUAUGGGAACCUGGGCUUCUGGUUUCUCUGGUCUCUUGUUCUCCUGAUCGUGGCUGCAAUUUUGUUCAUGUACAUCACGCUGUUAUUGGUCCUAGCGAUGUGUUUGCUUGCAGAAGGUCAGCAGCUGUACCUACACUGGAGUCACAAGAUUGGGACUUUUCUUGUCCUGGGCUUCUCUGUCACAGCUCUCUUCAUAUUAUCGGUGCUCUGGGGAGAUCAAUGGAAAACCGUCCGCCUGUCGUUCCAGAUCACAGCUCCCUAUCUCCACAUAGGGGCAAUAACUGUCAUGGUCCUCCUGUCCUGGCCCGUGGCUCUUCAUGCCAUCAGAGCAGAUAAGAAAG